UCAUGUGAUGUGCGCUCUGCUCUCCCAGGAGACUUUAAACACUUGGACAAUAAGUUGUUUCGUAACUCGGGGAAGUUAUUUUGGCUUCUAAAGUUUGCCCGCUUUGUGCAAGUGUGUCAUUUGGAUGUGUUUCACGCCGCUGUGACUCGGGUUUUUACUGUCGUCUGUGUUCCUCUUGCGUAUUUGUGGAUUCUAUUCACUUAGCAUCAAGUAGCAAAAUUCCACUGGCGGCAGUCAUGCUCAUGUGUGAUUACCCAAUAAAGACAGAAAUGGAGACGUCUUUUUAUCCGACUUACCAUAGCCUGAUUAAAUCACAAUCUGAGGGAUUUGGAGUUGUCGUAUCUCCUGUGGCCACUGCACCGACGCCCCAAGGGUACUCCAAUUACUUCUGCCCUCCCACUUCAAGCCCAUACCAAGUACACUACUCUUACAGGAGCCCCACACAGACAAUCCCCCAGUGCCAAGACGCCCAAAACUCCCAAAACGAACCUGUUGACUUAACUGUGAGCAAAAGAUCCUCUGUUUCCUCUCCUUCAUCUUCAAUGUCAUCAUCACCCAGAGCUACGCCACCAUCUCCUUACGAGCGAAUCAGCCCGGUCACACGCUCCGUAUGUGUUUCCGGGUCAUCCCAGACAAGACAUCUGACCUCACCGGUGCACUUUUCCAUCCCUACGGUUUUGACUCCCUUCGUCUCUGUUAUUCCGAUGCUGCAUUCGUUACCAGUUCAUUAUUCUCCCCAUCUACACCUGUCCCCCUCCAUCAUGAUGUCCCCCAUCACACCUGAAGAUCCUGUUAACCACAAACAUUAUCCAACUAUGAAGUCAGAGAAUCCCCCUGACAACCAUGAGCUCAAGCCGAUCAAAUCAGAGCCCCACCCAGAGUACACUCAGGAUCCCCACAGUGACACAAUGACCUCAUCCGUCAUCACUGCACCACCGAGCUACGAGGGGAACACACAAUCUGUAAUCGUACGGCGAAAGGUUGAAUCUCCAGAUCCGUUAAAGAAGCGUCGAAUUCAUCGCUGUGACUUUAAUGGGUGCAAUAAAGUCUACACCAAAAGCUCCCAUCUGAAAGCUCACAGACGCACACAUACAGGAGAGAAGCCUUACAAGUGCAUGUGGGACGGCUGUACGUGGAAGUUCGCCCGCUCUGAUGAGUUGACCCGUCACUUUCGGAAGCACACGGGUGUUAAACCCUUCCAAUGCCCUGAUUGCGAUCGUACCUUCUCUCGCUCCGAUCACCUGGCCCUGCACAAGAAGCGUCACCUGUUGGUUUGAACACAACCCUGCAACUCCAGAACAGGGCCAAAACUGAACCUUCAAUUAAAUCAUCUUCAUUGAUGUUAAAGGGGCAUUUUAUGUAUCCCACCCUCUUCCUGUCCGGGAAACAAAGUGAAAAGUGAUGGAUCAUACAAUGGCUAGGUUUUACUCCAUUAAAAAUGGAUCUUGUCCCCAUAACUAUGGAUAUGGACAGUGCUUAUAGUGCUAUUGAUGUGACCCUCAUAUUGCCUUUUCCUCAUAACAAUCGUCCUAUUUCUUGUUUCGCCCUCUGCUGGUCAGAGGGUUGAUUGUGCCAGUUAGAGCACUACACAAACGCAAGCAAAUACUCAAUAAACACACAACAAAAUGUCAGUAGCUAGAAACACACAUUCAUGCACACACUUGUAAUGUAGUUUUUGGAUGCAACUCGGGUCAAACCUAAAGAAUGUGAAUUUUUUAUAUUAUUAGGAAGAUGAAUGUGUAUAAACAGAUCCUGUAAAUGUAUUCAACAUGUUUGGUUGAAGGACCAAAGCUGAUUUGCGUACUUGUUCUUAUAAUAUCAUGUGAUUGGGUUUUUUAAUUGUAGUACUUUGUUUUUAUGGGUUAAGAUCUGGUAUUGUUACAAAAUAGAAGUGUUUGGUUAUGGUUUUACAAGUGACCUGACCUAUUACUCACAAGUUUGGCAUGUUUUACUAAUCACAAUCAUGAAAUAAUACAGUAGUUUAUUACCGUAAGUACUAUGUACUGUGUAAGUUCUUUGCAACUAUGCACAAUAAUGAUAUGAUUCCACUUGAAUUCUAAAAAUACAGUUAAUACAGAAAAUAUGUGACCUUGCAUUUGAGGUUAAAAUAUUACGUCUUAAAUCCUAAUAGGGUGGUUAUUACAGCGUCCAAUCAGUGUCUUUGUUUCCUCACUAGUCCAUAUCCACCGUAUGAAUAUUUGUUGCAAGGACUUUAUAGCUUAAUUUUGCAAUUAUUCACAUUUGAAUAGCUUCUGUAAUCAUAAUACUCAUAUAAUCUUAACAUUUAGCAGCGUCUAAUUUUGUUUUAUCAAAACCAGUGUCAAUAACUUUAUUUUUUAUUUCACUGAGGGGUUUUAAGGUGGAGAAAUAGAAAAUGUGAACCAUUUAAUAACGGGCAUUAUAAUAAGUGAGUGAGUUCUUCUAGGUUAUAGGGUAAAAUUGUCUUGCUGCUCUUACAACACUUUGUGAGGGAUAUGUGUGGAAAGAAAUCAUUGAUAAAUGCAUGAUUUUUGUUUUUCUGUUUGUUUUUUAUGUGAACAAAUGUUUGUAAAGGGCAAUGUGUAAACAGAAUCAGUGCACUUUAAAAUGAUUCGAUUUUCAAAUAUUUGUAUACUGGGGUCAUAAAUAGCUUUAAGUCACGACUCUUUAUACUGAUAAAAGUUUAUGAUGGAGACCUGAUGGGGCUUCCAAAUCCUCCGGUUUUUCCUCUCAACUGAAGGACAAUCUCGAGGUGGUCAACAUUUAGAUGAAGGGGUCAAGAUUGAGGGAGGAAGAGGAGUUUCUAAUGAAAAUAAUGAUGAGUCAAAGAAAGAAUUACAGAGAGGAAGCAUCUCAUUGUUGGCCCUUAAACCACAGCAAAGCUGUACAAGUCACAGAUAUAAACUAAUGAGACAGGAUCGUGAAAAAAGUAAUAUAUGUUGAGGAAUAAUAUGACUGAAUGGGCAAUUUAUAGACCGCAUGGUUAGCAUAUAUUUUUAACUGCUACAGUUUUAUAAAGAUGUGAAUCUUCUUGGAUUUUGAAUUACUUAUAUUUUCACAGUUCAAAGGGGAAUAUUAUGUUGUGUCAUUAUAUCAAACUGUGAAUUUAGAUACACAUAUUGUAUUAUUUUGAUUUAUAUAUAUCAUUUAAUAAACUUUUUACGGUGAA